AUGUCUUUCGCUCUAUUCGGACACAGCUUUAUCGCCCGAAUUUCUAACCAUCCGACCCUGGACCUGUCAAACUUUCCAGUCCAUUUCUUUGGGUUAAAUGGAGGAACCUCGCGACAAGUUCUCCUCCAUAACAUCACGCAAAAAAUGAUGCGUUUAAAACCAAAGAAAAUCUAUAUUCAAAUCGGAGAAAAUGACAUCAGCUUCAACAGUGACCCAUUUCAAAUAGUUAAGGACAUCGUCCGACUUGUGAACACAUUUCGGGACAUUCCGGACAUUGACCAGGUGAUAUUAGGUAGACUGUUUAAGAGAUACCGACCCCGGGGGAUGUCAGUGGAGGGGUAUGAAAUCCAGAGGACGAUAAUUAACUUGUGUCUACAAAAGAGUUUUCAGAAUGACGAUGUGAUAACUUUCCGGAGUUUGAAUGGACUAGAGGAAUGCAACAGGGAAGAUCUUUGUGACGGUGUUCAUUUACAGAAAAGGUUACACGGCCGUUACGCGGAAGAAAUAAAGAGCAUUUUCUUGGAUUAA